UGCAAAGGGGCUGCGCCCCUGGGCGGGGGCGGCUCCCCGGGGCGGGCAGCGGAGCGGGGCCGGUCCCGGCCGUGUCCCCUCCCCGCGCCGCCCCCGAGCCGCUCCGCAGUGCUGCCGGUGGAGCCGCGCUGCGCCGUGCCGAGCCGAGCCGAGCCGAGCCGAGCCGUGCCCAGCCCUGCGCGGGGGGAGAGGGCGGCGGUGCCGCGGCCCCCGGCCCGGCGGGACCCCGGCGCAGCCUGGCUGAGAGCACCAGGUUACCUUCAUCGGCAUCGCUGCUAUCGGAGAGCCCGGGCAGACGAGCAAAGUGAUUGACUUCCCCAGGGUGCCGGGUCGGCGCUCGUUGGCGGAGCACCGGUGUCCCCGUGUGUCCCCGUGUCCCCUCGGCAGCCAGCGAUGACCGACGCGGUGGUGGGCGGCAGCUCUGACCGGUGGAUGUGCCCCAGCGACAGGACCAUGUCUCUCCGGGCCAGCAGCGAGAAGGAGCAGCUCCCCAGCGGCUGGGCAGCACGGGGCGGGCAGCCCGACCGGCAGCGCAAGGGCGAGGAGCUGACGGAUGAGGAGAAGGAGAUCAUCAACCGCGUCAUCGCCCGGGCCGAGAAGAUGGAGGAGAUGGAGCAGGAGCGCAUCGGGCGACUCAUGACCCGGCUGGAGGACAUGCGUCGGAGCGUGCUGGGGGACGGGGUGAACCGCUGCAUCCUCUGCGGGGAACAGCUGGGACCGCGGGGAUCCGCCUGCGUCGUCUGCGAGGACUGCAAGAAGAACGUCUGCACCAAGUGCGGGGUGGAGACCACCAACAGCCGGCCCCACGCCAUCUGGCUCUGCAAGAUCUGCAGCGAGCAGCGGGAGGUUUGGAAGCGCUCCGGCGCCUGGUUCUUCAAGGGUUUGCCCAAGCAAGUGCUGCCCCAGCCGAUGCCCGUCAGCAAGAAUAAGGGACCCCAAGCCCCGAGCGAGCCCAGCCCAUUGGAGCCGCCCACCCAGGACCCGAAACUCCCCUCCCGCACGCCCACCCGAGGCCAGGCGGACGCGGGGCCCCUGGCCGAGCAGGACUCUGAUGGCAGCAACGCGAUAGCGGCUGCCCAGGGGAGCUACGCAGCGCCCAGCCGCAAACCGGCCGAAGGUGGUGACGCCAGUGGGGACGCCGACAGCCGCGACCGUGCCGCCGAGAGCGGGGUCGGCAGGAGCCCUGGCGUGAAGCGGACCAACUCCUUGCAAGCCCCACGGCCGCCCCCGCCAGCUGCUGCCGGCCCCGCUCCUGGUCCUGGUCCAGCAGCACCCCCAGCGCCGCUGGCAGCGGGAAGACCAGGUCCUGGGGUGGCUGGACGGUUCCCAGAGAGACAAGCGAGCCCUCCGCUGGGACCCCCGGAGCCAGCCCGCGCCGCUGCCAGGGAGGAGCGAGGAGGGGGCUACGCUGUGCCCCCCACCAGAGAGGAGAGGCCAGCCCGGCAGCCCCCCGCCUUCCCGCAGCCCCCCGCUAUCCCACCGGCGCCCGUUGCCCCACUGCGGCAGCCACCGCAGGAGGAGGAGGAGGAGGACGCCAACAGCUACGACUCUGAUGAAGGCACUACGCUGGGAGCGCUGGAGUUCAGCUUGCUCUACGACCAGGAGAACAGCUCCCUGCACUGCACCCUCAUCAAGGCCAAAGGCUUAAAACCAAUGGACUCAAACGGCUUGGCGGAUCCCUACGUAAAACUGCACCUCUUGCCUGGAGCCAGCAAGUCAAAUAAGCUGAGGACGAAGACGCUGCGCAACACCCGUAACCCCGUGUGGAAUGAGACCCUGGUGUACCACGGCAUCACAGAUGAGGACAUGCAGAGGAAAACCCUCAGGAUCUCAGUGUGUGAUGAAGACAAAUUUGGCCACAAUGAGUUUAUUGGAGAAACUAGAGUUUCCUUGAAAAAACUCAAAGCCAAUCAGAAAAAGAACUUCAACAUCUGCUUGGAGAGAGUAAUACCAAUGAAGCGUGCUGGAACGACCGGCUCAUCCCGUGGCAUGGCACUGUACGAAGAGGAGGUAGAUCGUGGUGGGGAUGUGGAAGAGCGUGGGAAGAUCCUCGUGUCCCUCAUGUACAGCACCCAGCAGGGCGGCUUGAUUGUCGGCAUCGUACGCUGCGUGCAUUUAGCAGCUAUGGAUGCCAACGGAUACUCAGACCCUUUUGUUAAACUCUGGCUGAAACCCGACAUGGGAAAAAAGGCCAAGCACAAGACACAGAUUAAGAAGAAAACGUUGAAUCCUGAGUUUAACGAGGAGUUCUUCUAUGAUAUAAAACACAGCGAUCUGGCUAAGAAGUCGCUGGACAUUUCUGUCUGGGAUUACGACAUUGGAAAAUCGAAUGAUUACAUUGGCGGCUGUCAGCUCGGCAUUACGGCUAAGGGGGAGCGCUUGAAACACUGGUAUGAAUGCUUGAAGAACAAGGACAAGAAGAUUGAACGCUGGCACACCCUCCAAAAUGAAAACCACGUUGCCAGUGAUUAAAGGGAGCUGCUGCCCGAACCUCCCCAAAUUGGCCCAUCCUCUGCCCAGCCCCUUUAGAUCUCUGAUGUCCGUCUUCCAGCACAGUCAUGCCGUGCUACACGCCUCUGGUCCCAGGGCAGCAACGCUCUUCUGCCUCCUCCAAGCAUCCUCUGUGCCCUGUCCUCACCUCCUCCUGAAAACUAACCCAGAUCUUUUGUAUUCAAUUCCUUUUGGGUUUGUUGGUUUUUUUUUUUGGGGGGGGGGGAGUGUGUCAUUGAAUUAUUCUGGUGUCCAAUUUUGUCAAGCAAUAGUUACCCUCUGACUGUUCCUCUUUCUCACUAGUCUCACGCACGCCGUGAUAGCAUUCCUGGUGUGUGUGUGUGUGUGUGUGAUGCUCUGUGUUCCUCCAGCCUCCGCUCGUGUGGCUCGUCCCAUCACCGCGGGCUCGUGGCUCCUCCGUCUCCCAGCGGGAUGCGCGGCCACCGGCCUGGCCGUGCUCUCAUCCGGCGUAGGGGAUGUUGAGCACCGGUGUCGGAGCAUCGGCCUGUUCCGCUUGUGUGAUAUCGAUACCUCAGUUGCAAUAAUGAAAAAGCUGUUUGGCUUUGGUGUGGGUCAUAACCGUAGCCUGGUAUCUGUGUUGUCGUGAUUAGGCUAAAGCCUGUGUCACCGAUGUAAUCCUGCGAGUCCUGCUUGAGCUUUAGUUCUGAUUUGGUACACUUGAGCAAUAUCGUGGUACAUCCUUUUGCUGACAAAAUCCACCAAUAAUACAAUAACAAUCAUGAGAAACAGGGAGGAGGCACUCUGUGCUCGCGGGGACACAGAGGUUUGGGUUGGUUCGUGCUCGUUCCCAGCCACCACGUGUGGUUCCUUUCACCCGAGGAACUCGCACGCUCCGUUGCUGUAGGAGCCCACCCGUGUUCCAAGCUUGUGACUACCUCCUCUUCCCGUCCCAGCUGCGUAGUAGUGAGUAGCCGAACCCCGAGGGCAGUCCCUGGGCCCCCCCCCCCCCGCAGACCAUCCCUGCUGCUGCCAACCGUUCGCUGUACCACGUGCAGAAGGGAAGCCGAGGGAGAAGAUACUUCCCACCAACUAGCUGAUGUGUGCAAGGGUUAUUGCUUUAAAAUACCACAAAUACUGAAAUUACCUGGAACAGUUAGAGGUCUUCCAAACUUUGGGGUUUGGUUUUGGUUUUUUUUUUGGUUGGGUUGUUGGGUUUUUUGGUUGUGUGUUUGGUUUUGGGGUUUUUUUUUUUCUUCCAAAUCUGUGUGAGAACCAUCGUCUUCAACCUGCGCUUUAAUGAUUGUCUGGAGGCGUUUGAUUUGUUCUGGAUAGCAGGAGAGUCAAGAUGCUCUCAGACUGAUUCUGGUCGGGUUUGGUACCACUCGCUGUCUCUGGACAGCCUCAAGCAAUGCCGACAGCAGCACAAGCAGCGCUGCUGGGAUAUGUUGUCGGUCAGCGAUGCACGGUGCAUGUUGUACGAAACCGGACCCCCAGCCCCUUCGGUUCACGCUGUCGUCCCAUGACUUCCCUUGCAACCUGCUGCUGUAGUCUGUGGUGUGUUCUCAACUCAGCUGUACCGCAGAGCUGUGUUAUGGUUUGUUUUUUUAAUCGGAUGACUUAUUUUCCUAGUCUCGAUUUUUUUUUUUUUUUUUUUAAAUUUUUUCCCCCCACCCUUCCCCCAGCAGAAUUAGCUCUGAGUGCUGACUGGCACCCAGAUCUCUGCAGGGCUGUGAUUUCCGCAGCUGGCGGGGGCUGUGUCUCUGUGUGAUGCUAACCUCUCUGCCCGCCUAGCGAUGCUGCUGCUGCAGAGCAGCCCUUCCCCAGCCCAGCUCCAGGCUCCCACGCCCACGGAGGUUUUGCUUCCCCCCCCCCCAGCCCCGGGUGGGUGCUGCCUGCCCGUGGUAGCCAGCUCUCCACCAGGAGCCACCCUUGGACCACGGAUGGGGAACACAAACCUUAAACCAGCACCUGCAUCCUCUGCUCCAUUCGGGCUGAGCUGGGGCAGCUCACCCAUCACCCCAGAGUCUGUCCUGUGGCAUGGCCACCGCGAUGGGAGCUGCUCGGGGCGCGAUGCACAGAAGAGUGUAAGUGGGAGAGGACGCUUUGAAAGUUUUCCCCAUCCUUUUGUGCAGUUCUCAACUCUGUGCCAGUAAAUGCAACGUCCCAGAGAGCCUGAGCUGCGCUGCCCUCGGCAUGGGCUGUGCGGAGGAUGAAAUUACUGUGGUUCUUUUUUUUUUUUUCCUUUUUUCUUUAAAGAAUUGCUCAGAUACCUUUAAUUUAUCCCAACCUGCAGCAGCCUGGCCUCCUCUGUGCGUGCAAAACGAUUAAAUUAAAGGUUGCCUUUACCCAUGUCCUGUAUUGACAUUCUCUGCCCAGCCUGCUUUCCCUUCAGUCAAAUGAUACUCAAAUCGUCUCUUUGCACCCAUAAAAAUGAAGUGCAACUUGCCAAUCCCCCUCUCGGUAUUGUGCAAAUCACAGUCCUUGUCUCUGCCGCCCUCUUCUCAGUUUUUCUGAUAGUAAUUUCUGCCCUGAAUGAUUUCUUUUUGUUGUAAAUAAAGCAUGCACAUAUGGAUUGGGAAUGGUGCAAAAAAAAAAAAAAAGAAAAAAAAAAGAAAAAAGCCUCUUCUGUUUGCAUUCAAACUUGCAUGCAGUGAUUUUACAGCAAAAUAUCAGUUUACAACUGUUAAGAGAAAAAGAAAAUGUUACACAGGAACUAGAAACACUUCAGUCUUCCGCUGCAUGCAGCACAACAUCCUCUCUUGAUGUGGUAUCUAAUAAAGUGAGACUAUUGGAAAAGGAAAAAAAAAAAA